AUGACCCAAACAACAUUUCUUCAAUACGAGGCCCCUUGGUCCGUGCACAGCUUAGACUGGUGUAAGUCGGCCGCGCCAGGACAGCAACUCUGGCCACGUUCCGCCUACCGUAUUGGCAUCGCUUCAUUCACUGAAAAUUACAACAACCGUAUCGCAGUCAUCGGUCUACAGGAUGAGCGGGUCCUUGUCGAAGACGAUUUCACAGACCAAUACCCCGACUUUGCCACGCUCUGUGAAGCACCUCAUGGAUAUCCAGCCACCAGUUUGCAGUGGCAACCAGCUUCAGCGACGAGCCAUUCAUGGACACAGAAAUCGCCAACAACAGAGUUACUCGCGACUACGGGUGAUGCGCUUAGGGUAUGGGAGUACGCGAGCGAUGCUUCUUCACAGAUGUCGAGUUAUGUGGGUCGGCAGUCAGCUGCCAUGUCGCAUAGCCUUACGUUGAAGACUGCGUUGUCGGGGCAAUCCAAAGUGCAGAAUCAGUCAACCGGUGCUCCUUUGACCAACUUCUCAUGGAACGAGAAAGUUCCCAGUCUUAUUGUGACCUCUUCCAUCGAUACAACGUGCACGGUGUGGAACAUAGAUACUGCAGCGGCCAUAACACAACUCAUUGCCCAUGACCGCGAGGUUUACGAUGUUGCAUGGUUGCCAGGCUCAACUGAUAUCUUCGUAUCUGUUGGAGCAGAUGGCAGUCUUCGCGCCUUUGACUUGAGGAGCUUGGAGCACUCCACGAUUCUGUACGAAACACCAGCUCCAAAGAACAUUCCAGUCCCCUCUGUGUCGCCUUCUUCUUCUGCACGACCACCGACUUCCCCUCUGCUGAGAAUCGCAUUCAAUCCUUCGGAUUCGAACUAUAUGUCUACAUUCCAUAUGGACGGCUCUGAGGUACAGAUAUUAGACAUGCGGAGUCCUGGCCAGCCGGUCAUAGAGCUGAAGGCCCACCAUGCGCCGGUCAACGCGUUAGGAUGGGGGUCCGCCGAACACCCUCUGCUAGCAACUGCCGCCGACGAUUGCCAGCUUCUGUUGUGGGAUCUGGCAAGUUACACGCAGACAGGUGCCUCACCCAGAAGCGCCGGAUCGCGGUUGAAUUCCCCGAGACCCGAUAUAAAGAAACGGAUAGUUACUGAGCCCGUGAUGGCGUACACUGCGCCAAGUCAGAUAACAAACUUGGCCUGGUCUCCUUUGAUUAAAGGGAUGACGAUGAACACGGGUCACACUACUGGGACUGGUGAAUGGGUGGCCAUUGCCAGCGGUAAGUCCAUCCGCGCGUUGAAAGUAUGA